ACACUUCAUCUCUCUAUCCCUCGGCCAUCAUUAGAGCAAGCAAGAAACCUAGCUAGGGAGUUACUAGCCACGCAAUUACAUAUAACUAAGAAAGGUGUGCCAGUGGUGAUAUAUAUCAACACCGACCCCAGACAUAUUAGAUCAAAUAUCACAAAGAACAUGGAGACUCUAACCGUGAAUGGUGGCGUGAUCAUGGUGAAGAAGGUCCCUCCCGUGUUCGUGACCCCGGAGUCGGAGACUCCUGGGGGCUUCUACUUCUUGUCGAGCCUGGACCAGGCCAUCCCGUUCCUGAUGCAGACAAUCUAUGUCUUCAGGGCCAGCAGCGAGACUGUGGCUGACGUCCUCCAGCAGUCCCUCGCCAAGGCUCUCGUCCAUUUCUACCCGCUCACAGGUGCCAUGACCUUGGAUUCUGAGGGCCGCUUCGUGGUUGACUGCUCCAAGAAGUCCGUGGCAUUCGUGGAGGCGGUCGCCAACUGCACGAUCGACAUGAUUGGUGACCUCCGCGUGCCUGACCCAGACAUAACGAGGAAGCUCGUCUAUAUGGACCCCAAUGUCAAGAGCUUUUUGGACCUUCCCCUGCUCACAGCUCAGGUGACCAAAUUCAGAUGCGGAGGAUUCACACUAGGUCUUUCAAUAAGCCACACCGUGGCGGAUGGAGUGUCGGCGAUGGCAUUCGUCAACUCAUGGGCCGAGAUAGCCCGAGGCGGCUCCCCGGCUGCCCCUUGCCAUGACCGCAGAUACCUCCGGGCUAGGGUCCCACCGAUCUUGAGGGGCCCUUACGAUGACUUUGUCCAGAUCGCCGACAUGUCGGACAUGAAGUCACUGUAUGAGAAGGAGAGGAACAUAAGCCGGAUGUUCACCUUCAGCCCGGAGAAGAUUGAAGCUAUCAAGCAGGCAGCCUUAGCUGAUGGGAGGCUGCAGGGCUGCAGCACCUUCUCAGCCGUCACAGCUGUGGUGUGGCGGGCUCGAAGCCAGGUGCUGAACAUGAAGCCCGCACAGCUCACCAAACUGAGGAUCCUCGUCGACAUUCGGUCCAAGUUCAAGGACCCACUCCCGAGCAAUUACUUCGGGAGCCUGGUCACCAGCACAUGCUGCCUCACCACGGCUGGCGAGCUGAUGGAGCGGCCCAUCUCAUGCACAGUGGAGCAGAUCCGGAAAGCAUGCCAGCUAGUGGACGAGGAGUAUGUUCGGUCGAGGAUCGACUACAUUGAUGUGUACAGGCCACCACUGGCCUCGGUGGGGACGCUCGUGAUAAGCUCAUGGACUCGCCUGUCAUUCGGUUCCACUGACUUCGGAUGGGGUGACCCCACCCAAUUCGGGUGCGGUGACCUGGCAAGGGAGCUGUGCGUGUUCCUCCCGGAGGGAGAGGGCAAGAAGGGCACUGUGGUCGUGAUGGCCCUUCCAGAGUCGGCCAUGACCGCCUUCCAGGAGCUGGUCGAUCAAAUGUAGAGAUCUCCGCGCGGCCGCUUCCAGGGAAUACUUUAUCAGAAUAGAAGGUUCAUAAAGAUGGCGGAGAAGAACAUGAAUAAGUUCAGCUAAUUUUGGACCGUUUCUUGACAGCAUUUAUUUUUACUAUUCCAUUGAUUAAUAUCAACAAUAAUAUAUAUUGGAAAUUUAUGUAUUAAUUGAUGAAAAUUAAUAUACAUGUUUGAUGGAGA